AUGCUUCUCAAUUUUUUGCUGGUUCUGGUCCUGAGUAUCGCUGCGGUGUCCGCUUGCGGUUGUUUUGAUAACUGUUUUUCGUCACGGUCACGAAAGGAGGAAGCUUAUAGCGAAGCUCUCAAGUUUUGUAAAAGCAAGUGCGCGAGCUAUUUUCGUGUCCGUGGUACUGAUUAUAUUCAAGCAUUUUACCCAUACUCCUGUCUGGAGGAAUGCAUGGCAGAACGUAACCAAACAUACAGACGUCCAGACCAUGAGCCAAAACAAGACCAAACAAGCUGCCAGAAAGAAACAAACGCUAAGUCGUCCACUUGUGGUUGUUUCGGUGGCUUGUUUUCGUGGUUUGAACCACAUCCAGCAAUGAAACUUUUUGAAAAGGCUAAUAAAGAGUGUACAAAGGAGUGCAUGGAAUCCGUUCCGUCAACCGUAAUACGUAUACUGACCGGAAUACCAAAUGGUUUUCGUCGCAAUGACACUUGCAUGAAGGACUGUAUGGAGAGAAAGCGCCUCGAAUACAUACCUCUUAAGAAUGAGACUAAACGGUUGGAAUAA